AUGGGUAUGGCAUUUUCGAAACUGUUCGAUAGAAUAUGGGGAAAAAAGGAAAUGAGAAUUCUCAUGGUUGGUCUUGAUGCUGCUGGAAAGACCACCAUCUUGUACAAACUGAAACUCGGUGAAAUCGUCACAACCAUCCCUACCAUCGGAUUCAACGUCGAGACUGUCGAAUAUAAGAACAUUCAAUUUACCGUGUGGGACGUCGGUGGACAAGACAAGAUCCGGCCUUUGUGGAGGCACUACUUCCAAAAUACCCAGGGUAUCAUUUUCGUGGUUGAUAGCAAUGAUCGUGACCGUGUUGUCGAGGCUCGGGAGGAGUUGCAGCGCAUGCUGAACGAGGAUGAACUACGCGACGCCCUACUUCUGGUCUUCGCUAACAAACAAGAUCUCCCGAACGCUAUGAGCCCAGCCGAGAUCACCCAACAGCUCGGCCUACAGAGCUUGACACGACGCGCAUGGUACAUUCAAUCUACCUGUGCUACGACUGGCGAUGGUCUUUAUGAAGGCCUGGAGUGGUUGGCCAAUGCGUUGAAGAAGGCGGGUCAUGAGUAA